AUGAGGAGACUGAGUUUGUGGUGGCUGCUGAGCAGGGUCUGUCUGCUGCUGCCGCCGCCCUGCGCACUGGUGCUGGCCGGGGUGCCCAGCUCCUCCUCGCACCCGCACCCCUGCCAGAUCCUCAAGCGCAUCGGGCACGCGGUGAGGGUGGGCGCGGUGCACCUGCAACCCUGGGGCGCCGGGGCCGAGACCCUUUGGCCGCGGGACGCCCUCCUCUUCGCCGUGGACAAUCUGAACCGCGUGGAGGGACUGCUGCCCUACAACCUGUCUCUGGAAGUCGUAAUGGCCAUCGAGGCGGGCCUGGGCGACCUGCCGCUGCUGCCCUUCUCCUCCCCUAGCUCGCCGUGGAGCAGCGACCCGUUCUCCUUUCUGCAGAGCGUGUGCCACACCGUGGUGGUGCAGGGGGUGUCGGCGCUGCUCGCCUUCCCCCAGCGCCAAGGCGAGAUGCUGGAGCUGGACCUGGUCAGCUCGGUCCUGCACAUCCCGGUCAUCAGCAUCGUGCGCCAGGAGUUUCCGCGGGAGAGUCAGAAUCCCCUUCACCUACAGCUGAGUUUAGAAAAUUCCUUAAGUUCUGAUGCUGAUGUCACUGUCUCAAUCCUGACCAUGAACAACUGGUACAAUUUUAGCUUGUUGCUGUGCCAUGAAGACUGGAACAUCACUGACUUCCUCCUCCUCACGCAGAAUAAUUCCAAGUUCCACCUCGGGUCGAUCGUCAACGUCACCGCCAACCUCUCCUCCACUGACGACCUCUUGAGCUUCCUGCACGUCCAGCUUGAGAGUAUUAGGGACAACACACCUACAGUGGUGAUGUUCGGCUGCGACAUGGAAAGCAUCCGGCAGAUUUUCGAAAUCACCACCCACUCUGGGGUAACGCCGCCCGAGCUACAUUGGGUGCUGGGAGAUUCCCAGAAUGUGGAGGAACUGAGGACAGAAGGUCUGCCCUUAGGGCUCAUUGCACAUGGAAAAACAACACAGUCUGUCUUUGAGUACUACGUGCAGGAUGCCAUGGAGCUGCAGCGAACCAGGUUUCUAGCCAACACCACUUUCAGAGGCCUCAGUGGUUCCAUCAAAGUGAAAGGUUCCACCAUCGUCAGCUCAGAUAACAACUUUUUCAUCUGGAAUCUGCAACAUGACCCCAUGGGAAAGCCAAUGUGGACUCGCUUGGGCAGCUGGCACGGGGGGAAGAUUGUCAUGGACUAUGGGAUAUGGCCAGAGCAGGCGCAGAGGCACAAAACCCACUUCCAACACCCAAGUAAGCUACACUUGAGAGUAGUUACCCUGAUUGAGCACCCAUUUGUCUUCACACGCGAGGUCGAUGAUGAAGGCUUGUGCCCUGCUGGCCAACUCUGUCUAGACCCCAUGACUAAUGACUCCUCUAUACUGAACAGUCUUUUUAACAGCCUCCAUAGCAGUAACGAUACAGUGCCCAUCGAGUUCAAGAAAUGCUGCUAUGGGUAUUGCAUCGAUCUUCUAGAAAAGCUAGCAGAAGACAUGAACUUUGACUUUGACCUCUAUAUUGUUGGGGAUGGAAAGUAUGGAGCCUGGAAAAAUGGGCACUGGACUGGGCUGGUGGGUGACCUUCUCAGUGGGACAGCCCACAUGGCAGUCACUUCCUUCAGCAUCAAUACUGCACGAAGCCAGGUGAUAGAUUUCACCAGCCCUUUCUUCUCCACCAGCUUGGGCAUCUUAGUGAGGACCCGAGACACAGCAGCUCCCAUUGGAGCCUUCAUGUGGCCACUCCACUGGACCAUGUGGCUGGGGAUUUUUGUGGCUCUGCACAUCACUGCCAUCUUCCUCACUCUGUAUGAAUGGAAGAGUCCUUUUGGUAUGACUCCUAAGGGACGGAAUAGAAGUAAAGUUUUCUCCUUCUCUUCAGCCUUGAAUGUCUGUUAUGCUCUCUUGUUUGGUAGAACAGCAGCCAUCAAACCCCCAAAGUGCUGGACUGGAAGGUUUCUAAUGAACCUCUGGGCCAUUUUCUGUAUGUUUUGCCUUUCCACAUAUACAGCAAACUUGGCUGCCGUCAUGGUAGGUGAGAAGAUCUAUGAAGAGCUUUCUGGAAUACAUGACCCGAAGCUCCAUCAUCCCUCCCAAGGCUUCCGCUUCGGAACUGUCCGGGAAAGCAGUGCUGAAGAUUACGUGAGGCAAAGCUUUCCAGAGAUGCAUGAGUAUAUGAGAAGGUACAACGUACCAGCCACCCCUGAUGGAGUGCAGUACCUGAAGAAUGAUCCAGAAAAACUUGACGCCUUCAUCAUGGACAAAGCCCUUCUGGAUUAUGAAGUGUUAAUAGAUGCUGACUGCAAACUGCUAACCGUGGGGAAGCCAUUUGCCAUAGAAGGAUAUGGCAUUGGUCUCCCACCCAACUCUCUGCUGACCUCCAAUAUAUCUGAUCUGAUCAGUCAAUACAAGUCACAUGGGUUCAUGGAUGUACUACAUGACAAGUGGUACAAGGUGGUUCCCUGUGGCAAGAGAAGUUUCGCCGUCACUGAGACUUUGCAGAUGGGCAUCAAACACUUCUCUGGACUCUUCAUGCUGUUGUGCAUUGGAUUCGGUUUGUCCAUCUUGACAACCAUUGGUGAGCACAUAGUGUACAGGCUGCUGCUACCACGAAUCAAAAAUAAAUCCCGGCUGAAAUACUGGCUCCACACCAGUCAGAGAUUACAUAGAGCACUGAACACAUCCUUUGUAGAGGAAAAGCAGCAACGCUUCAAGACUAAACGUGUGGAAAAGAGGUGCAGCGUAGGCCCUCGUCAGCUUGCCGUGUGGAAUACUUCCAACCUGGGUCAUGACAACCGGUGCAAAUACAUCUUUCACGACGAGGGAGGCCCAAGCCAGGCGGGCCUCCUGAGCCAGCAGGACCUCCCUCUGCCUCCCAGGAGGAGAGCGCGCCCCGCCUCCCUAACCACCAAUGGGAGAGCAGAUGCCCUCCACGGAGCUCGGAACUCGGUGGCGCAGGAGCUCUCGGAGCUGGAGCGGCAGAUCCAGGUGCUCCGCCAGGAGCUGCAGCUGGCCGUGAGCCGGAAAUCAGAGCUGGAGGGGUACCAAAGGACCGAGCGGACGCGCGAGCCCUAG